AUGCCACCUACAAGAAGUUUGGUGGAGAGAGAGCAGAGGGAACGGAUCAUUUCCCAGUCGGUAACACGUCCAUGGUCCCCAGAUAAGUCUUUGUACAAGCCGCUCCGCGAUAUGGAAUUUAGACUGAUCAAAAUUCCAUCAAAGACAUCUGAGCAGCCUGUCAGAUGCGAAAUACUAUACGCGGACCUAAAUUCUCCUCCUCAAUACACAGCUAUAUCUUAUACAUGGGGCGAUGCCAGCGAUACAUGCACGAUUGUGCUGAAUACUUUCUCUUUUUCUGUAGGCGUCAACUUACAUGGUGCAUUAUGUGCAGUUGGUAAAACGACAAGUGACGUAUUAGUGUGGGUAGACGCUCUUUGUAUAGACCAACACAACACAAAUGAGAAAACCAUACAGAUUCCUUUAAUGGGCCAGAUAUACUCGAGAGCCGACUUUGUUUCCGUCUGGCUUGGUCCAGAGGACGAUAAUAGCGAUGCAGUGAUAAAAUUACUUCGUCGGCUUCAUCGCAUUUCGGAGGAAGCGAAUCACCAUGACGAGAUCUCUAGCUUGUUAUCAUCACAAUCGGAAAAGAGCGAUGUGGCUGCCGUAGUCUCGCUAUUCGAGAGAGAGUACUGGAGGUGAUUGUGGGUGGUCCAGGAAAUUUACAACGCAAAACACAUUGCGGUCUAUUGCGGAUCAAAGAGAACGUCGUGGCAAGUCCAUCAACAAGCUUCAAAUACCUUCCGACAACAUAAAGCAGAUCUAGAUUACCAUUUCCCUGGCGGUCGGCGAGACAAAAGACGCAAUACUCACUUGAACAAAUUCAGCUACUCCCAAGUCCUCGCGUCCCAAGGACCCAGCAGUCUCUCUGACAUCGAAUACCUCGAUGAAGGCUCACUUCUCGACGUCCUUCGCGCAUGCCGCAACAAAAUUGCCUCUAAACCCCAAGAUAAAUUAUUUGGGAUUCUCGGGAUCUUACCACCCAAAACUCGUGAUCAAUUUCGUCCCGACGACUCCCGCUCCGUCAAAGAUGUCUAUAUUGAGAUUGUGGAUUACCUGGUGACAACGACGGGAAGUUUGGAUGUCAUGUGUGACGCUAUCCAUUUCCCAGCUCAUACAAGUUCGGAGAACUUACCCUCUUAUGUUCCUGAUUGGUCCCAUAUACCUUCUGUUGUGGCAAUGGGGAACAUGUACAAGAUUUCUGCGUCAGGAAAUCGAAAGUCUCAACACAAGUUCGACGAGAGGAUGAGCAAGAUUGAAUUUGACGCGAUCUAUAUUGAUACUAUUGGAAUUCAUGGUAUUGCAGUCGGAACACUAUGUACAUCGGCGGACUACCUUAUGGCUUUUGUCCAUUGGAAAGCUCUACUUUUGGGCGCCAUCCAGAAUGAAUCGAAAGAGGUCCAAUUAUCAGCUCAAGAGGAAUUUUGCAAUGUCUUGAGUCUAGGCCAAAUCCCAGCGGAGUUUGAAAGUCCAGCUGAUUGGUUAGCGUUUUGUUAUCAUGUGUUUGCGUCUCUCCUUCGUGAAAGGCUGCCUUGUUUACAACUUAAUGAUGAGCUUUUGGGAUACUCAGAAAUGACUACAGACCCCUCGAAAAGAAGGGAGUCUCUCCAGUCACAUUUUGGCUCCAAAAUGAUGGGCCGAUGCUUUUUCCGGACUGAAGAGGGGAUGAUCGGAAUGGGAAGUGGUGCCGUGAUACCUGGAGAUAUAAUUGUUGUUCCUUUGGGUUGUUCUACUCCAGUUCUAUUGCGAGAGGAAGGCACGAGAGGAGAGUAUAGAUUCGUGGGUGACGUUUAUUUGAUCAACUAUAUGCAUGGACAGGCGAUUGAUGAGGCAAUGCAGGGGGAGAAUGGGGCGUUAACCUAUGUGUUGCACUGA